AUGAGUUUAGAUGGAUAUGAUGACAAGCAUGAAUCCUUAGGCAGGAAGGGUGUUGUAAAACAUUUGGUUAAGAAGAGAGCUUUGAAAUGUUCCCGGGUUCAGAUGAAGAAGUUUGGUUUAAAGAAGAGUAGGAAAUCUCAAAGGUGCAGAAAGUUUAAAACUAAGAGACUGCAUGGGACUGCAAUUGCUGUUAUGAAAUUCACAGAUGAUCUGGAUGAACCAGGAAUUGUGCUAGUUGCCGACUCUAGAAGCACUUUUGAAGACCAUGAUGUGCAUGAUAAUGAAGUUGAUGUUCUUUGGUGUGAUAAUACGGUUAAAAUUAAGAGACUGGGUUCUAGAUAUCCUUUGUACUUUGCAGCUGCGGGUGAUUUUAGAGAAGGGAAUGAGUUGUAUGGGUUUUUAUUAUCAUAUCCAGAGGUAGACAAUGCUCAAGGUGUGGCCCAACUUCUCAGUGAGUGGAGUUCGCUAUUGUUGGAAGGUCUUCUAGAAGAUUAUCAUUCCUUCUUUGAAGAUCCUGUAAAAGACGAAUACCUCGCGGAUGAUUGCAUUGCGUGUGUUGGUGAAUUUCUUCAAGAGAACAUCUGUUAUGCGGCUAGUCAAGAUAAUUGUACAGGUGGACGCUUUUCAGCACAUACAUUGGUCCUGCACCAGUUGAUCGUCUGUUUGAGAGAGGGGCUAUCAACCAAAUUCCCUUGCUGA